UCAGGAACCUUUGCCAUCGCCAGUAUCAUGACUCGGAAUACAAUGAACAAGCUCGGAGUUCCUCCUGGAACUAUGUCAAUAGGACAUGGGAAUAGAACAAUUAAUUUGGAUUAUCUUAAUCAUCCAACUCCAUUGUAUACAAGUUUAGAAGUGGCCACAGCUCUUGCUUCGUGGCGGUGCCAUAAGAUUAGUAAUGGAGUUUUCCGCCUCGGAAUUAUAUCAAUACUAUUAUCUGAUCAAUUGGUAUCAGCAUUUUCAAGAGCAGCGAUUCAUGUGGCACAAGUCAAAUCGCCGAUCUUUUCGGCUGAAAUCACCAAAACCGUCAGUGGACCAUUUAAAUUGAUCUAUACUUGGAUUGAUCUGUUUAAAGCCGCGAGUACAACUAAUUGGGUAACAACGUCGCUCUCAAUUGUUUGCAUUGUUAUUUUAUCGGUUUACAAGGAGUUUAUUGAUGAACCAAUGAAGAAAAAGUUUCACCUUCCGGUUUCCGUUCCGAUCGAUCUGCUCAUUCUUAUCUCAUCAACAAGUGCAUCAUAUUUUAUCAGGAUGAAUGUAAACUAUGGUGUUCGUAAUGGAAAUAUACCCAAGGGUUUACCUUCAAUAUCAACGAAUCUUGAUCUUUCGGUUAAACUUUUACCCGAUGGUUUUGCCGUUGCAAUGGUAACUUAUGCUAUUGGACUUUCAUUGGGUAAAAUUUUCGCCAAGAAACAUCGCUAUCAAAUCCGUCCCUCACAGGAACUUAUCGCUCUUGGAGCUGCUGAUCUACUUUCCUCGUUUUUCUCGUGUUAUCCUUGUUCUGCUUCACUUUCACGAACUCCCGUUCAAGAAAACGCUGGUGCUCGAACUCAACUCACCGCACUUAUCGCCUCACUUAUCAUGCUUCUCAUCCUUCUCUUCCUUGGUCCACUCUUCUUUUAUCUUCCAAAAUGUGUCCUCUCAUGUAUCAUUCUGGUGGCAUUGAAAAAUAUGCUCAUUCAAAUUGGUGAUAUAAGACAAAUCUGGUCAGUCUCCCGACUCGAAGGUAUCUGUUACCUGAUCACUUUCCUUUCAACUAUUGUACUUGAUGUUGACCUUGGCCUUAUUGUCGGUGUCCUGGUGGCCAUUAUCAUGGCUCUAGUCCGUUUCAUGGCACCAAAUGUAUCUUUAGGUCAACUUCCUAAUACAGAGAUUUAUGUUGAGAAAAAUUAUUUCCAACAAGCAGUUGAAUUGGAUGGAAUUAAAAUAUUCCGAUUCUCAUCGGCACUUUUCUUCCUUAAUACUGAAACUUUUCGUGAAAAUUUGUUCAAAUUUUGCUUCGAUUGUGCCUUUUUCGAGUUGAUGGAAGCCGAUGAUUCGACACGUAAACUAAUUCUCGGUAAAACGACCGCUGUAAUAAUCGAUUGUUCAACAAUCUCUUACGUUGAUUCACCAGGAGUUGAGAUGAUCCUUGAGAUUUUCAAUGGAUUAAGAGAUAUUCGGGUUCGCUGUUAUCUGGCCUCAUGUCCGGCCAUUUUACUCUCCAUGUUAGAGCGGACUCGAUUCACCGAAAAGAUAACAGAAAGGUCACCAAUUUUCCCGACAAUUCAUGAUGCCGUUAUUGCAGAAUCAUUAUCAAUACCAUUAUGAUUAUAAUCACAACAAUUAAUUUCUUAAAUUAACUUUAAAUGCACAACACACAAAGAUAAUCAACAAAAAAAAGAGGCAACAAUUAAAUUUAAUCAAUGGUAAUCUCACCAUUUCGAUAUCAUCAAUUUACAAAAUUGGCACUUGAGAGUCUUUUUAUUUUAAAUUGUCCAAAGCAAUCAAGCAAUCAAUCAACAAUUGAUCAACUAUUUAACUAAUUGUAUAAAUUGUUUUUACACCAAAAUUUAUUUUUGAUCAAAAUUUUACCCCAAACAAACAAUAAUAAUAACCAAUUGAAUGAAAAUGGGAAAACAAUUAACUGUGAUUUGAUAAAUUGGGUUCCAAGUAACCAUGUUACAUAUUAUAACAAUUAUUAUGACAAUCAA